AUGGAGACCCAACAGGACAGUCUCGACAUCGGAUAUCUGCAACGCGUCGCGCUGGGGCAACAGCUCGAACCUAUCGAGGUUUCUCUCUCUGAUACGUGUGACCGUCAAUCUCCACGAAAUCCCGCCGAUUCUGUGUCGCUCACGGCGCCAGAAAACCCUCGGAAAUCGCCGUCGCCGCAUCGGUCCCCGUCCUCCCUACACUCGCCCACGGGAAAACGACAGCAUGAUACAGAAGCAUUGAAGAGUGACAACCGACAACCUUCUGUUACAGGCAACCGGAAUCGAGUUCCCCUGCAGCGGUCCGUGAAAAUGGGUUCCGCGGAGACGGUGCCCUCCGACACCCAGGUCAUCUCUCAGUCGGUGUAUGACGAUCUCAUCCGACAGAACCAGGAGGCUGCCGCGAAUAAUGAAACGGAUAAUAGCUUGGCUGAUCGGGCAACGUUAGCAACCAUGUAUGAGGGUGAUAGUGGCCACAUCGAUCUGCUGGCGGGGUUUGAUCACAUCCACACCGACGCCGCCAAUGCCGACGACAACGAGGACCAGAGCAGCUUCAAGCUAGGCGAAUCAUCUCCCAUGCAUUAUCAGCCGAGUUUCUUCCCGGAGUCCCAGCGCUUUGUGGUCAAGACUCCCGCAACGGUGGUGAAGCACAGCCAGACCGAAGGCUUGAAUACAGGGUCUCCCACCGUCUCCCGCAAUCCACUUGCCUCGGACGUUGGCUCAAGCGGGGGCAUCAUGGCUUUGAGCCAGGUUUUCAGAGCGACGCAGGCACCAUCAUCUCCCCUGAUCCGUGGUCAGCAUUCUGAUCCCAUGUCUGAUCGGCCUUCUCCCAAUCUUCCAAUCCAGGGUCACCCACUUGCUACGACGCUGUCCUCCCCGCUGAACCACAUCGCAGCGACUUUUCCGCGAGAUUCGUCCGAACCAAAUCUGAACUAUGUCACCAUGAAGGAAUCUCAAGCAGAACGUGAUAGGAUAUUACAGGAGAGACUGACGCGCUCUGCAGAGCAUGUCUAUUCGGAGGAUCAUAGCGAUGUCGAAUUUGAUAAAGAGCCGAGUUUCGUCGAACGUAUGGCACGCAAGCGAACUAUUGACCAGGAGGCCGCCGCUCAAUUUGCUGGUCUUACGACCCCCGCAAAGCCUCCAAGCCAUCGAAGCAGGACAAGUGACAAGGCAUCCGAGGAUCCUGAGCCUCAUACUCAGGAGGGUGGGCAGCAGACACACAUUAGCGCGCUGCCAACCGACGAGGCUAGUGAGGAAGAAACGGAACAUGAGCAGGAGUCCCAUCAGCCAGUGCCCAAGUCGCAAGAGCUGAAUCCUUCGACCGAGGAAGACAAAGAAAAUUACGACGAUCCUGUAACGACUCCGCGUGGUGCUGCUACCAAUGCACAUGAUCGCCUUUCUCAGGUACUGUCUUUGGAUGGAAGUACGUCUCCGAGCCCAAAGAAACCAACCGGCGCGCCUGCAGACUCUCAGCGGCUAUCUCAGAUCGAAGUUCAGGGCGAAGCACUGGAGGGCAUCAGCAGAUCUUCGCAAAUCAUAGUGGUCGCGGAUUCUCAGCAAUCUCCCAAGUAUGAUCAGGAUGAAAACGCUGGCAAUACUAAUCUGGAACCGUGGGAUCAGUAUGCUGCUCAACAUCCUGGCCCGCAUGUACAAUCGUCUUAUGAUCUCGAGAAGACGACAAGCUCACCUCAAAAGCCUAUCCGCAUACAAUCUUCUCCUCCGUCGGCGUCUCAGCGAAGCCGGGUUUCAUUUCAGCUGGACAAUCGUGUGCAACCUCGGGGGAGGUCUGAUUCGGUCAGCUCUCGCGAGUCAUCGGGCCACCCUGCAAGGCACCAAUCGGUUCCAGAUGAUAUCGCAAUGCAGGCCGGCCAUCCGAUGGAGCCAAAUUUGCCUCACGGGGUUGAAAAUACCUCGCGUCCCGACCGUCUAGAGAAAUCGUCAUCAAUGCCCUCUCGUGUCGCCGAAACACCACUCCACCGCUCAAGGAGCUUUGGAGAUGAGAUUCCUGCCACAGAUGCCCCGGAAACAAGUCCUAACCGAUUCCAGAAUGAUUUGAUGGAUCAAGAAGAUGAUGACCUACCCCCCAUCCACUCGACCGUGCACGAGAGAAUCUCCCAUUCUCAGCCCUUAAAUCAAGAUAGCUCAUCUCCCGUGAAAAAUCUACUUAAUUCUAAGAUUCUAUCUAGUCCAAGUGGGAGACAGCGCAGGGCUUUGACCGAAAUCGCGGCCGACGUUUCACCUCGGAUUGGACCAGGUGCCUUUGACAUCGACAUCAAUCUACUUUCUGCCGAGGAUCAAGAAUUCAGGUCUGCGGUUGAAAUGUCCCCAGUACUGCCGCGAAAGAAACGACGCGGAAAUGUCGGAAGAAAUAUCUACGCCUCGGACUCCUUGGUACCGGUGACACCUGGGCCGACUUCUUAUUUUAUGCACACCAAAGGACAUGAAAGGACCGAAACGGAAGAUCAUCCGCAGCCGAAAGAGCCACAAGUGGCACCGGAGACUGUAUUCGUGAAGCGAUCGAGACCAUCCCGGCGCAUGGACACUGUUUGGGACAUAGACGACACUCCUCAUUUCUACCCGCCACGAACUGAACGCUCUAGGAUGCUCGCCCGAUCUCUAGAAAAGAAACCACAGCAGUCCCAUGAACCAAAGCAGAGGACUGACGAUCAACCCGCUGUUCACCGCGACCACCAAAGCACCAGCCCUGACCCCUUGGCGCAACCUCAUACAACACCCUCGAGGAAAGCCGCACAUAAAAGACCAGACAAUGACGUUGCAAGUGAGCCGAUACGAAUGGAAUUACCACCUGCUGAAAACGUCCAAGUUGCUGUCAACCAGGUGUUUGCUCCUUGGAGUGGAUCAAAACGAGCCUACUAUCCCGCGACUUGCUUUGGUAAACCAUUUGGGACCUCAAGUACCAGGUACCUCGUGAAAUUUGAAGAUGCUGCCCCCAUUGAAGUGCCUAUGAGCGCUGUCAAGACCCUGGAAUUGAGGGUUGGCGAUGCCGUUAAAGUGGACAUACCCAAUGUCCCAAAGGUCACUCACAUUAUCCGGGGUCUUACCGACAAGCUCAGCGCGGAUGAACUUUCCAAGGAAGCCAACAAUGGGAUGGUGCCGGUGACUGAUAUUUAUGGGCAUUCGGCUGCUAUCUUGGGACCGAAGCAGCGGAAGAGUCUCCCCAGUGGAGGACUAACGGGGCCUGAAGGCGUUGUCAAAGUUCCCAUCUCUCGGAUCUAUCUGGACACAAUUCUUUGGAAUCAACUCAAAAACCGCGCAUUUUCCUACAGCUCUGUUCCAAUCCAGCCUGAUAACAGACUCCAGACACCUUCUGAGAGGCACUCAACUCCGACGUCGCCGAGUACUCGGUUAUCUCGCAGCAUCCGUUUUUCUAGCGGAGUAUUUUCUGGGAUGGUAUUUGCUGUGUCUUAUGGCGAUAACAAUGAUAAGAAAUCCCGCAUCACUCAGAUGAUCCUUGAUAACGAUGGGCGCAUCUUACAUGAUGGCUUCAAUGAGCUCUUUGACCUGCCCACGAACGCCCCACUUGCCACGCCUUCAAAAUCCCCAGCGUCAGGCACAAAUGAGAAUGGAAGACACUUGCGCCUAACGCGCGGUGCCGAGGAUGUCGGAUUUGCGUGUCUGAUAGCUGACAGACAUUCCCGCCGCCCAAAGUACAUGCAAGCAUUGGCUCUGAACUUGCCAUGUCUCUCGGGCCGCUGGAUAGAAGACUGUGUGGCCCAGGGCCGGGUUGUGGACUGGGAAUUGUACCUGCUUCCAGCCGGUGAAUCAUCUUAUCUGAACGGGGCCACCAAAUCACGAAUGCUUGCGCCUUAUCCGGCGUCGGAGGCUCGACUUCCCGACGUGAUCUCUGCACGGCCCAAUCUCCUGGCCGGGCAGUCGGUUCUUAUUGUCAUGGGCCGCGGAAAAGCGGACGAAGAACGAAGGAAAGCGUAUUUAUUCCUGACCUAUGCCUUGGGUGCUUCCCGGGUUGAGCGAGUUCCAGAUGUCAAGUCCGCCCGCGCCGUUCUCGACCAACAAGGAGAUGUCCAGAACAAGUGUGAAUGGGACUGGAUCUAUGUCGACAACGAUGAAAAGGCGUCGGCGAUUGCGACGAUCCUUGGGGCCUCUCUGUCUGGUUCGCAGAAAGCCCAGUCGACACAGAAAUCCAAGAAACGCAAGAGAGUGGAGCUUACAGAGUCGAUCAGUAGCAACGAUCUCGGCUCGAACACCAACGUCAAGAUAGUCGGUAAUGAGUUCGUCUGUCAGAGCCUGAUUCUGGGCAAGUUGUUUGAUUAAGAGUUGGAUCCAAUCUCUUUACUGAGACGGGAGGAGAGAUACUCUUCCGUAUCUCCUUUUUUUCUUUUAUUUUCUUUUCUUUUCCUCUUUCAAUCCUGCGGUUAGCAAUGGUUCAUGUUAUCAUAUUGUUGUGAUCAACGGUGUAUGUGUAUGGAAGGGCAAGGGAUUUCUUAAUAUCGGGGUCGAAGGCGUGAUUUGGAACAGAUACCCUAUGACUUGAUUAAUUUUCCGGGUUCGGUCAUUAAAAUGAAAUAAAAAUCAAGAUUUAC